AACGUGGAUAUGGAGAACGUAACGGUAUCCAUUCCGAGUACUCCAAAGCGUACGACCAUGACCUCUUUGCUCCUAACACGAUGGUUGACGUCGAAAAGCUCGACUCGUACGAAUCCGGAGACAAGUUGGUCCUCCGACGAUCGAAGUUUAGAAUACGGCACACCGCCACCCAUAGAAGAGCCCCAUUGUUACUCCAUGUGCGCAAGCGAAAGUUCUUGCACGGAGGAAAUUAAUUGCACGUUGCAGGUGAACAAGGAUAUAAUUAAGAAUCUGUUGGUAGAGCAUAUGAGGCACAUAGGCGGUCGAUUGCAACUUCUCGACGAUCUGGAAGAAAAUAAAAUGGAUCUAAAGAAUACGGAGAAUUUCGCGAAAUUGUACAAGCAACACGAGAUAAACGCUUUGUUACUUCACUCCAGCUUCUUAGGUCAUGUCGACGCGAUUAAAAGUUUGCACAAAUGCGGGGCGGAUUUGAAUCACUCUGAACAAGGACAAGGCUUAACUCCGUUGCACUUGUGCGCGUUCAGUAAUUGUUUGGAAGGAGUGCAAUAUCUGCUCGAUAACGGAGCCAAUAUUCAUCUGGAACGAACUCACACGCCCUUUCAUUAUGCCGCUUUUGGGAACGCUUGUAAAGUAGCACAGUAUUUCCUUCAAUUAGGUAUCAGUCAGGAAUCUUGUUACGGGGAGGAGACUGUGUUACACAGCGCGGCCAGGUCGGAUGCUUACAACGUGUUAAAGUUAUUGGCGCCUAAUAAUCCUACUUUGGAUAAUUUAGAUUGUAAUGGAUACGCUGCCAUACACCACGUAGCAGACAGAGGAGAUCCAAGUUGCCUAACGGUAUUACUAGACGCAGGUUGCAAACUAGAUUUAACGACCAAGAAGAAUGACACCGCGCUGCAUCUUGCAGCUGCUGCCAGUUGCGUGGAGAACGUUGACUUGUUGGUGGAAAGAGGGGCGAACGUUCAUCUGAGAAAUCACAGAGAUCAAACAGCCCUGCACAUAGCUGCUCGUUCCCAUUCCUUGGAAUGCGUGGAGAUACUGUUAAAGAAAGGUGGAUGCGAUCCCAAUAUUGAAGACAGCGACGGAAGAACGCCUCUGCACCUCGCUUUAGGUAGAUCAUUGUUAGCCUAUGACGUGACGGAAUUUUUGAUCACGUGGAAAGCAAACGUGAAUAAAACGGACAAAUACGGUUACACGCCGCUUCAUAUCGCUGCUUUAAACGAAUUAUCUCAAUGCGUGGAUAUCUUGAUCCAACACGGAGCUGAUCUUAGCGCUAGAACGAAAGGUGGAACUAGUGCGUUGUCCAUUAUCUUACGUAAAACGCCGACGUCUUUGAACGUCUUCAAGCAGAGAUUAGACGCGUCGAUCACGCUUCACCAGCAUGGGUCGGCAACUGGGGAGGCGGAGCUUCGUCUCGAUUUCCAUCCUCUGCUCAUGAACCAACAACAAGGCGAAAUAAGAUAUCUUGGAACGUUCGUGAAGGAAGGAUACAAAGAGAUAUUGGAACAUCCACUCUGCCAGGCAUUCCUCCAUCUGAAGUGGCAGAAAAUUCGAAAAUAUUACGUGGGCAGGCUGAUCUUUUACCUGUUCUACGUUCUCAUAUUAACAGGAUGGGUAAUGACAGCUCUGGCGCACAACUGUUACAACGAGUCUCAUGGCCAAUUGGACAACGGUCAGCCACCGUUGUGCGCGAACACAACCGGUAUCAAUGGUUUUCUUUACAGACAUCCAGCCUUACUCGAGGUUGAAUGGUACGCAUUGAUGGUGCUCACGAUUCUCGAAGUAUUCCGCAAAUUGACCAGCAUCCCAACGUAUCCCUCCGUUCGCCAAUUCUUCACGCAAGCCGAAAACAUGGUCGAAUGGUGUGUGAUAUUGAGCGUGUUCGCCACUUCUUUUAUCUACACGGGUAGAACGUAUCCGUGGCAGAGUCACGUAGGAGCAUUCGCGGUGCUCUGCGGUUGGAGCAACCUUAUGCUAAUGAUAGGGCAAUUGCCAAUAUUCGGAGCGUACGUGGCUAUGUUCACCAGCGUUCAAGCACAAGUGUUCAAACUUUUGUUGGCGUACGCCUGCCUCCUGGUAGGGUUCACGGCGAGCUUCUGCGUGAUCUUUCCACGAUCGAAAUCGUUCAGCAGCCCCCACAUCGGCCUGAUCAAGGUUCUGGUGAUGAUGACAGGAGAGUUAAAUUUUGAGGAUCUGUUCUUUCCUCACGAAGAGGACGGGAAAACGAUCGACUCGGGGAGCACGUCUUGGAUCUUGUUGCAAGUUUCCGCCCAGUUGUCGUUCGUCCUAUUCCUUUUAUUCGUCACGAUCGUGUUGAUGAACUUGCUUGUAGGAAUCGCGGUUCACGAUAUAAAGGGACUACAAAAAACGGCAGGACUUGCAAAACUCGUUCGCCAGACGAAGCUUAUCUGCGACGUCGAGACGGCACUUUUUUUGGGUCUGAUGCCAAAAAGAUUGAUGAAAUUUUUACGAUGGACCGCUCUGCUGCUACCAUCACCUUUGAGAGCUGUUUUAACCGUUCGUCCCCUGAAUCCGAGAGAGAGUAGACUGCCUCGCGAUUUGUUAGCAACGGCGCACAAGGUCGCCAAGGAAAGAAAAAAUUGUAUAUCUGGAACUUUGUACAAUAGAAAGAGGAACGCCGUGUACGCGUGUUUGAAAAGCGAGCCAUACUUGACUUUUCGUCGAAAUUUCCCGGAAGAAGAAAUUUCCACGAUCGAUGAUUACGCGAUUAAGGGAGAAUUGGCAGAAUUGAAAAAGAUUUGCGAGAGAAAUCAUCAACUUCUUCAGGAUAUCGUGUUGAUGUUGGUGAAUGAUAAGCGCGAACGAUUGGAACGUUCUUUCGAGGUGAUCCACGAUAGUAGAGAGUGUUACGUCGCAGUUUCUUCAUCAUCCUUGUUCACGGACGAAUUUCUUGGGCGAGAGAUAAUGGACGAUAAACAGAUACACGAGAACUCCACCGACAUACCGAAGGCUAGCUUGCAACUUCCGACAAUUACGGUUGGCAACGAAAGACCGCGGCGUUACUCGUUAACCAGUUUAAAAGAUCGUCGUCUCCCGUUUGAAAAUGAAAACGAUUGCGGGAGGGCGGUAGAAGGAGAAGUUGAAGCGCAUGAAAAUGUCGACAAAACGUGGCAAAUGAAAAUGAAGCCGCUCGCCAAUCAUGAGAAAAGAACCAGACAUUAUUCCCUGACUAGAUCAAAAAAUCGUCGUUCCUGCCUGUACACGGAUGAAGACAGAAAUUUCUUGACCAAGUCUGUUGUGAACGAGACAGUCAACGAUAAAACGACGCAAACGUUAAGAGUACCGUUGUCCCGUGAAGGAAGAACGAUACACUGUUCGUUGUCGAAUCUCAACGAUCCGUCGAACGAUCUUCUGUCCACCAGAUUGACUUCUACCUUUAGAUCCGUCAGAUAUCGUCAAUCGAGCAAUUCGGAGAAGAUAGCGAUCGAUGAUAUUCCUCCGGCAGAUUCCUCGAACGAUCACGUGGAAAUCGACGCCGGCACGCCUCCACCGGUUGACGAAUCUCUCUUCUACGACAAUCUUGACGUAUUCAGGCAAGCGCAGAUCAACAGCAACGAUCUCAGAUCGAUCAUGUGGUCGAUCGUCACUACGGCUGAAAUGAAAAUAUUACUUCAAUUAGAAAAGUGUAACGCGUUGCCGGAGAUACCGGCAGGAGAACGAAUAAGAAAUAUAGCGUACAUGUGGUGCUGUUAUCGCAAUUUGGCGCAUCUAUUACCAAAAUUGGAACAAUCAGGCGUGAAAUUGGAUUACGUGGAGCCUAGCACGGGCAUGAACGCGAUCCUAGCCGCGUCGUUAAGUGGUAGCGUGGCUUGCAUCGAGCAUCUGAUAAAGAGAGGCGUCGAUAUCAAUUACCGGAAUCCGAUCAAUCAUUACACGCCUCUUCACUUCGCUAUCCUAGGAAAUUCGCCUGACACGGCCCGGAUACUGCUCGAUAACGGUGCAAAGCCGAGCACGUAUCUUUACCAGGAGGUGGCCGAACCAGUUUUGCAUUGCGCUAUCAGAGCAGGGGCUGUGGAAAUAGUAAAAUUAUUAUUGGAACGAGGAGCAAGCGUCGUCGAGAAAAACCAUAUGGGCGAGACGCCGCUCCACGUAGCUUGUUUCGUUCAAUCGAUAAAAUGCGUCGAAUUACUUCUAGAUUCGCCCGGUACCAAUGUCAACGCAGUUGAUCGGGCACACAGAACCCCACUUCAUUUCGCCGUGAUGACCACUUACUCCUCCGCGAAGCUCGUAGAACUUUUGUUAAAACACGGUGCCCUGGUGAACGCGGCGGACAAAACUGGCUUCACCCCCCUUCACGUGGCGGCAUUAAACGAACAAUCUCAUUGCGUGGACGUAUUAAUUUGGGCCGGUGCGGACGUCAGUGCGACCACCAGCGCGGGACUUUCCGCUUUGAACAUUAUUCUCAGAAAGAUACCGGAUUCCCUUCAAGUGUUUCGGCAAAGAUUGGACGCCUCGAUAACGCUCAGAAGACCCGUGCCUCACAACAGAGAGUUCGAGAUGAGAUUGCACUUCGAUUUACUCUUUCCCAGCGGGAAUCAAUGCGAGACCAGUUUCAUCAACACUUUCGUUCAGGAACGGCGUAAAGAUUUGCUCUCCCAUCCGUUGGUAAUGGCUUUCCUGCAUCUGAAAUGGGAGAAGAUUAGAAAAUUUUAUCUGCUCAGAAUUCUGGUUUACGCUAUGACCGUGAUCUGUAUGACCACGUACGUACUCACCGCGCUAGCUUACAAGUGUUACAACCACGACGAGGCGAACAGCUCGAAAAUUUGCAGCAGCAAACGUAUCUCUGGAUUCUUAUUCAGGCGACCGGUGAUCGAAAUUCAAUGGUAUCUUUUAUUAAUAUUCACUUGUAUCUCUAUUCCUAGGAAGAUAUUCGGUUUCAUGGUAUACACGUCCGCGAAGCAAUACUUCUCGAAUAUCGACAAUGUGUUGGAUGGUGUUGUUAUAAUCAGCGUUUUCGUCACGUCAUUCGUUUACACGGGACGCACAUACGAUUGGCAAAAUUACGUCGGAGCAUUUGCGAUACUGUGCGCUUGGACAAACCUGAUGCUGAUGGUUGGUCAAUUACCGGCUUUUGGCACGUACGUGGCGAUGUUCACUCACAUACAAUUCGAAUUUGCUAAGCUGCUGCUUGCUUAUUCCGGAUUGCUGAUAGGUUUCACUAUCAGUUUUUGCGUCAUUUUCGUCGGAGAACCAUCCUUCGGUAAUCCUUUCACGGGACUCAUCAAAGUAUUGGCAAUGAUGGCCGGAGAAUUGGACUUCGAAGGGCUUAUCACGCAAAUCGAUCAAGGAUUGGAAUCCGACGGACCUUUUGUUAUUUAUCAUCCGUUAUCGGUAUGCUCACAGAUCCUGUUCACUCUGUUCAUCGUGUUUGUUACGGUUAUAUUGAUGAACUUGCUGGUUGGAAUAGCUGUUCACGACAUUCAAGGUUUAAGAAAUCACGCCGGUCUCACGAAACUUGUACGCCAAACAAAAUUGAUACUAUUUACGGAAAUGGUCUUGCACAACAGUUCGAUUCCGUACGCUUUUCGAAAAUGGAUGUCCGAUCAUAAGAUUAACGUGGAGAAUAGAAGGAGAGUCUUAGUGGUGAAACCGUUGAACCCUUUGGAGAAAAGAUUACCCAAAGAUAUUCUGAAGGCUGCUUAUGAAAUAGCACAGAAAAAUAUACCGUUCAUGAACGACGAAAACAUUAAUUUGAGCGAUCACGUAAUAAAAAUGCGACAACAUAGCGAGGAAUAUUUCGACUCGAAUUUGCAAUUGGUUAUCGAGAAUUUAGCAAACAAACUACAAUCUUACGAAGAUAUGAUCAAAUCGUUGAAAGAACAAUUGUUAGAUACUAAUAAAAUGCUGGAGAGUGUUGUGAAAAAUCUGGCAAAGGAAAAGAAUAUUGAUAUUGAAGCAAAUGUUACUGGUGGGGGGUCUUCUGGACAAGCUGGUGUUAUACGAUUAGGUAUUUCAUUAGGGCUUCGAAGCUUUGUCGAUAAUGACAUGAUAGAAAGAAUGAAACUUGGUUUAGCAAUAUUUAGAGAACUAAAUUCUACUAUAAUAUUUUUAUUAUCUAUGAGUAGUGGUGGUUUUUGUGAUUUUGUGAAAUAUAAUAAAAAUAUGGAAAAUCAAAUUCAUUCUGAACUAAUUAUAAAAGAAGAAGAGGAAGAAGAAGAAGAAAAAGAACAAAAAUGUGAAACUAAAAAUAUUGUUUGUGAUGGGGAAUCAACAAUUGGUAUCAGACCAAGACCAUUAAUUUGUAAACCAGAAAAUGUAAAUAUUGGAUGUAAAUCCGAACCUAUAGAAACCAAGUGGCAUUGGGCUCCAGGAGCAUGGCAAGAUGCUACAAGAACUAGUGCUUUUCAACCAUAUAAGCCUCCUACUAUACUUACUAAUUUACAAAGAGGUAAUACCCAAACAGAAAUACCUCAACUUUAUAGUGGUAGUGAUAUUACAUUUCAUACAUUAGCUGGUCAAGGUGAACUUACACCUGAACAUAUACAUCCAAAUACUAUAGACACACCUGAUGAAAAAGGUUUAACUGGUCUUAUGUGGGCUGCGGGAUAUGGACAAUUAGGUAGUGCACGGCAAUUACUUAAAGCUGGUGCUAAUAAGAAUUACCGUGGUCUUAAUGGAGAAACACCUUUGCAUUUAGCAGCUGCUUAUGGACACCAUGAUCUUGUAAAAUUAUUAUUAAAUCAUGAUGCAGAUUCGAAUGCAAGUGAUGAGGAAGGAAAUACACCUUUAAUAUAUGGAGCAUAUGGUGAUCAUCCACAUGUAUGUUAUGAAUUAUUAUCCAGAGGUGCUGAUAUAACACAUCGUAAUAUGUACAAUAUAAGUGCUUAUCAUGCAGCAAUAUUAAAUAAUUCAUUAACUGCUAAAGCAGUUAUUGAAAAUUAUUUGAUACAACAAGUGAUAAAUAUACCACCAGAUAUAUUGCAAUAAAAUAAUAUAAUGCAAAUAAUAUAAAAAUGAUUUUUUAAUAUUAACAGAUUUUAAAAGGUUGUGAAGAUUACACAUAAUGAUAUUUAAAUAUUAGUUGAAUAUUUUAAGUUUUUAUUUUUAAUUCUAUAUAAUUAUUUAUAG